AAGACCAAAAGGGAAAAGUGGGAGCCAGAGACCUCAGAAUUGGGGUCUGCUGAAGCAGUAUGGGGCAACUGCAGCUCAAGUGACUCAGGUCUUGUAUUUACACCUCGGCCAUUUCUGUCUCCCCUCAAAGCCACAGCCUCUCUGUGAGAGGAAGCUGGGGUUUGUGGUUCCUGUUUUGCCUGGGGACAAGGAGUAGGAGUGAGCAGGGGGCUGGUAAGAGCUCUGGUUUCUCAUUUCAGGGUCAUUAAUGCUUCCCCAAGAGGAAGAAAGAGCUGGAUUGGUGGCUCCAAUGCCCAUUCGCUCAUCUGUAGUCAUUCUUGCAAACCGAAACUUGGCUACACUUUGUAUUGUGGUUAUUCACGUCUACCUCCCACCUUCGAGUUCCUUGAAGGAGGAGGCCAUGUAUGACAUGUUGCUGAAUUUCUAGAGCCCUGUAUGGGUAGUAGGAUCCUGUUUUUCAUUGGUUGAGUGAUCUGGGAAGCAUACCAAGGGGGUUACAUUUCAAACAGCAAGUCUGAGGGCCUGGUGGGGAGAAAGAACUGGGAGAGGUGGGCACUGACUGUUGGAAGCCCACAAGAGAGAUUAGCAGGGGAAGGACGUGAUGAAGAAAAUGCAGGAUGCCGCUUUACCACCUAGAGGAAGGAUUCUCCCAGCCUCUAUCUCUCCUACGCCCCGAAGCUGGGAAGGUCUAAAACGAAGGCCGAGAGAAGACCCGGAAGUGACCCUCAUCCGUCCCAUUGGAGCCAAGUUUGAACUCUCGCUGACUUCGGACUCCCGGGGGGACCAGAACUUGAUGCCAUGGGAGGCUGUACGGGCUCGCCGCGGCGCCUUUCGGAUUCCGAGGGGGAGGAGACAGACCCGGGACCUCGGCCUCCGCUGCAAGACAGUCAGGGCGCCCAUUGGAAGAACGCGGUGGGCUUCUGGUGAGUGGCCUGAGCUCUUGGGCCUCUGCAACAACUUCUCUUAUGUGGUGAUGCUCAGCGCUGCCCACGACAUCCUUAGUCACCAGAGAACACCUGGAAAUCAGAGCCAUGUGGACCCAGACUCAACGCCCACCUCCCACAAUAGCUCAUCUCGAUUUGACUGCAACCCUGUCUCCACAGCAGCAGUGCUUCUGGCCGACAUCCUUCCCACCCUCGUCAUCAAAUUGCUGGCUCCUCUUGGCCUUCAUCUGCUGCCCUACAGCCCCCGGGUGCUCACCAGUGGGAUCUGUGCUGCAGGAAGCUUCCUCCUAGUUGCCUUUUCUCAUUCCGUGACGAUCAGCCUGUGUGGUGUGGUCUUGGCUAGCAUCUCUUCAGGUCUGGGGGAAGUCACCUUCCUCUCACUCACUGCCUUCUACCCCAGGGCCGUGAUCUCCUGCUGGUCCUCAGGUACUGGGGGAGCAGGGCUGCUAGGGGCACUGUCUUAUCUGGGCCUCACCCAGGCUGGCCUCUCUCCCCAGCACACCCUGCUGUCCAUGCUGGGUAUCCCCGCCCUGCUGCUGGCCAGCUAUUUCUUGUUGCUCACAUCUCCUGGGCCACAGGAUCUUAGAGGGGAAGAGGAUUCAGACCCAUCAGCUCGGCAGCCGCUGAUCAACAAUGAGUCCUCAGAGUCGAAGCCAGGCUCCGGCUCACCCCUCUCCCUUCAGGAAAGGUGGACCGUGUUUAAGGGCCUGUUGCACUACAUCGUCCCCUUGGUGCUGGUUUACUUCGCUGAGUAUUUCAUCAACCAGGGACUUUUUGAACUCCUCUUCUUCCGGAACACGUUCCUGACUCAUGCUCAGCAGUACCGCUGGUACCAGAUGCUGUACCAGGCCGGCGUCUUUGCCUCCCGCUCCUCCCUCCGCUGCUGUCGCAUCCGCCACACGUGGAUCCUGGCCUUGCUGCAGUGCCUCAACCUGGCCUUCCUGCUGGUGGACGUGUGGCUGAGCUUCCUGCCGAGCAUCUACCUCGUCUUCCUGAUCAUUGUGUAUGAGGGGCUCCUAGGGGGUGCGGCCUACGUGAACACCUUUCACAACAUUGCCGUGGAGACCAGCGAUGAGCACCGGGAAUUUGCCAUGGCAACCGCCUGUAUCUCUGACACCUUGGGGAUCUCGCUCUCAGGGCUCCUGGCCCUGCCUCUGCAUGACUUCCUCUGCCAACUCUCCUGACAUUCUGACUCCUUGGGACAUAGGACACGCUGACCUGGGCCUCUACUGAUAGGUGGACAGGUUGGACCAACCCCAUGCCCACCCAGAUCCCAUCUAUGAGGUCUAUCCCCAGCCUUCCCUACAUGGCUGUGGUGUAGAAAAGUGCUGAGGCCCCAUUCCCCUUCGAUGGAGGGGCAGCAAUUUUUCUAUCACUAUCAAGCUGGUUUCAGGGAAUUUCUUGGCAUUAGGCCCUCGGAAUAAAUGCCUAUUUUAUCAAUUGA